AAUGCAUCGCAUUAAUGACGGCAGACAGAUCCGUACAAAGAUUGUUUAGCAAUACCUUUGAUGCAGUUUCUUCCGCUUUAUCCUUUUUCAUAUUUAAAUCUUUCCUACUCAAUCAUUGCUCUCCUUCUGCUGUGCUCCUUGUUUUCGCUUCUUAUUCUCCUCCAGAUCUCUUCUCGUCUCAUGGUUUCCGGCGAUUUCGGCAGAGGCGAUAAUGGCGAGCACGAGCGGUGGAAAAUUGGAGGUGUCGCAGCAAUUCCCGGUGGGGCUGAGGGUUUUAGUAGUGGAUGAUGACGUCAUCUGCCUCCGCGUUGUGGAGCAAAUGCUUCGCAAGUGCAUGUAUAAUGUUACCAGUUGUUCGCAGGCUACAGUUGCUCUGAACUUAUUGAGGGAAAGGAAAGGCUCUUUUGAUGUAGUUCUGAGUGAUGUUCACAUGCCGGAUAUGGAUGGCUUCAAGCUUCUUGAGCUAGUUGGACUGGAAAUUGGCCUUCCUGUGAUAAUGAUGUCGGCGGAUGGAAGGACUAAUCUGGUCAUGCGUGGAGUAAGGCACGGAGCUUGUGAUUACUUAAUUAAGCCUAUCAGGGACGAAGAGUUAAAGAAUAUUUGGCAGCAUGUUGUUAGGAAAAAACAGUAUGAAAUGAGAGAACAUGAUCAUUCGUGUAGCGUGGAAGACCAUGAUCGUCGAAAACGAGGGAUUGAGGAUAAUGAAUAUGCUUCUUCUUUGAAUGAAGGGGCAGACGUUGACGAGGUUAAUAAAAUGCAAAAGAAAAGGAGAGACUCGAAAGAUGAAGAUGAUGAAACGGAUAACGAUGACCCUACCACGUCAAAGAAGGCUCGUGUGGUUUGGUCAGUAGAGCUCCAUCAGCAAUUCGUCACUGCUGUAAAUCAGCUCGGGAUUGAUAAGGCUGUACCCAAGAGAAUUCUUGAAUUGAUGAAUGUCCCUGGGUUGACAAGGGAGAAUGUUGCUAGUCAUUUACAGAAAUUUAGACUAUACUUAAAGAGGUUGAGUGGGGUAGUUCAUCAACAGGUUGGUCUUGCUUCUUCUUAUUGUGGGCCAGUGGAGCAGAAUCUGAAACUAGCUUCACUUGGAAGGAUUGAGUUUCAAGCAUUGGCAGCUUCUGGCCAACUUCCUCCACCGACAUUAGCAGCUCUACACGCUGAGAUUUCUCGACCCACAGGGAACUUAAUCUUGCCAGGGGUGGAUCAGAGAACUUUGCUGCAUGCAUCUCUUCAAGGGUCUAAAUGUGUUUCUGUGGAUCGGGUUGCUUAUGCCCAGCCUCUGAUAAAAUGUUCACCCAACAUUUCCAAACAAAGUUCUCAGCCUCUUAGGUCCAAUGGCGACGUACACCCCGAAUUUGCAGCCUGGUCGUCGAAAAUCCUUGGUGAUUUGGUACCAGCCUGUAACCUUGGCACUGUCACAGAAACGGACGGUUUGCUAACCUUUGUACAGCAACAGCAGAAGCAAUCUAUGAUGCCAGAGCCAAGUCGUUCAAUCAAUGUGAAACCUUCUUGCUUAGUAGUUCCAUCUCAGUCUUCACAAAAUCAUCAAGCAGGAAAUAGCCCUGCUUCUGUCAAUCAAAAUUGCAGCUUUAGAAAUUCUGCAGUGGAUCAUAAUAACCCCUUGAUCUCGUCAGGUAUUGGACAAGUCUUGGAAGUGGAAUGUAAAGCAGUGAGUGUGCCUAGGGAUGCAGCUUCUGUUUCAUCUACAUCAUCUUGCUCAAGAAAUAUACAAGAAAGUUCUUGUCAAAGAGUUCAGAGCUCAGCCUCUACAAUCAACGCAGUCGUGCAUCAAGGUUCUUAUGGUAAGCUGCUUUUGGUGGAAGGACCAGCAGGGAAUCAUGUAUACACAGGUAGAGGAACGUCCAUACCUAGCCGCUUUGCUGUCAAUGAACAGGAAUUGCCAAUGCGCAACCUAAGUCAAGUGAGAUCUUUUGAGAGCAGUAGCAACAAAGUGAAGCAAGAGCCAAAUAUGGAUCUGGUGGGAAGUGUAAAAUUGGGGACUCCAGUAAAGCAGCUCUUUUCCCAAAAUGAUCUGAUGAGUAUUUUCUCUGACUAGUGCAAACUAAAUCGUCAAAAUUUCAUUCAAUCGUCUUUCUGCAAUUCUUAAAGAAAACAAACUCGAGGGCCAAAAUUACAUAGAAUGGAAACAAAAUUUGGACAUCGUUCUCACAACUGAAGAGUACAAUUUUGUGCUCACUACUUCACAGCCUCCAGUGCCGGCCGUAGCAGUGGGAGACGUUUAUUUGCGUUUUAGUAGUGAUAGAUUUUUUAUUUUGAAGAAUGUUUUGUUGAUAUCUUCUUUUAGAAGAAAUAUAAUUUCAGUUUCUAAAUUGGUUUUUGAUGGAUA